AUGAGUCAUUUCAAUAUUACACAAACUAAUUUCUAUAAUGAAUCUAUUGAAUUAAUACAAUUAUUACAUUUAGUACGUACUAUUUGUAUGAAAGGAUUAAUACCUAUCAUUUGUAUCAUUGGUAUAUCAACGAAUAGUUUAAAUAUACUUGUAUUAACUAAAUUAAGAAUGCGUUCAUUAACUAAUAAUUAUUUACUUGCUGUAGCUGUAUGUGAUUUAUUUUAUGGUAUAACAUUAUUAUUACUUACAUUAAGAACAUAUGAUAAAUUUGAAAUAUAUACAUCGUAUAUGUAUUUAUUACCAUAUAUAAUGGCAUUUGGUAAUUUAUGUAGUAAUACAGCAUGUUGGUUAACAUGUGCAUUUACUGCUGAACGUUAUAUCGCUGUUUCAUCACCAAUUUUAGCACGUAAAAUAUGUACAAAAGAAAAUUGUAAAUGGAUUAUAUUUAUUAUAUGUUUAUUUACAUUUAUUGUAACAUUACCAGAUUUUUUAUCAUAUACUGUUAAAUGGAGUGAAACAUUUCAAACAAAUGAGAUUCGAACAAUCAAUGAUGAUUUUAAUAAUAUUGAAGAGUUUACAUUGAAUGAAAAUCAAACUCUUAUUAAUAUUAAUAAUACUAUUUAUAAUAGUAAUAGUAAUAGUAAUAAUAACACAAUACAUCAACAACUAUCUAUUCGUGGACCACAUUAUAUAUUAACGGAAACACAAUUAGGUGAAAUAUUGAAUCAAAAUGGAUGGCCUAUUAUUAUUAUAAUAUUAGUUGUUAUAGGACCAUUAUUUAUACUAUCCGUAUUUAAUGGUCUUUUAAUUAAAUCUAUUAUAAAAGCUUCAAAAAUUCGAUUAAGAAUGACUAAAAAAACAAAUGAAGUAGUACUGCCAAAAAUACGUUAUGGUAUUAUAUGUAUUACUGAAAGUUUAACAAAUUAUACAAAAAAUAAUUCAGAACAAAUAAAUAAUAAUGAAAAUCAUGAAUGUUAUUCAUUUAAAAAUAAUCAUAUGUCAUGUAACUAUAAAACUACUCAAUUAAAACAACAACAACAACGAUCAUUUAAACGUAAUAUUGUUACUGGGGUAAAAAUGAAUGAAAUGAUCAAUAACAAUAAUAAGGAUAAUAAUAGAAAAGAUCCAUUAAAAAUGGAUGAUCAUGAUAAUUUACCAAGUAUUACAUAUCGUUCAUAUAAUUCAUCACAAAAAUUAUUUACUAUACAUCAAUCACGUAAUUAUUUUAAUGAAAAAGAUAGAAUUACAUUAAUGUUAAUUAUAAUUGUAGUAACAUUUUGUAUAUUUACUAUGCCAAGUGCAAUAUUACAUUUAAUUAAAGUAACUUAUAUAAAUAAUGAUCAAUCAUCAUCAAUCCGUUUAUAUUUAGUUAUAGCAGUAUUUGUUUAAUAGGGAAGUUAUACGUCGAGAUCUUGGAAUGUUCUUCUAGAAUAUGAUUGGAUGGAAUAUCUUCGGCUCUUUAUGAGUUUCUUAGAGCUUUCUCGAGUUCACCCGUGGGUUGUCCUCACAAGAAGACUAUUAUUUAUUUUGUUUCUAUAAGUAAACAAGUGAAUUUAUUCUAAUUUGUACAUUUAUUUACAUUACAUUCAGAGUACAGUGAAUUAUUUUACUAACCAUUAACGAAAUACUCAAAUUUUGAUUAUGAUUUUUAACA